UAAACUCGUAAACUCGUCAAAAGAAACCGCAACACUUGGUAUACCGAACGUAAAAAGCAAAAGAAGUGUACUUGUAUCAGAAAUCAAGUGUUUGGAUCUCUUCUUCCACGAUGAAACUCACCACCAAAUCUUCAUCAAUCUUCUUCUUCCUCUUAACUCUCUUUCUAAUCAUAUCAUCAAAUUCCGCUUUUCAAUCCGACGAGCUUAUCGCCGACGAUGAAGAAUUCGGUCUAGAAGGCGGUCUUCGUACUACUUCAUCACCCGAUGCUGACGUCAUCCUCUCGUCAUCAUCUUCUCGUCCACUGCAGUCACCACCUGCUAGUACUCUUAGAAAGAGAUCAUCAGACUCUGAAUCGGAUUCUAGAGUCCAAUUCGCUCUUCAACACGCCUUUGGUGAUUCCUCUGAUUUCUCCGCCGCCGGCACUUUCACCGCUCGCUUGAAAACCUCCGCUCUCGGUGGUCAGACUCUGACAAAGCUUCGGUUCUCGAGGAAUGAUCUUACUGCAACAGAAAAGGAGAACUUUAAAAAACUACUUGAGAAUGAUGACUAUUACCGAAUAAGGUUGCCGUCUGAUGUGUUAAAUGCUCCUGGGAGGGACUAUGUUAUUUCCUCAGUGAAGGCAAGAUGUCUCCCGAGGAAUGGUUUGGAUGAGCAUAUUGUUAUACACAUGGAAGGUGUUAAUAUUUUGGCUGUCAACUAUGGUUCUCUUGGGGCUUGCCAGUAUCCCCGGCAAUCAAAACUUCCUUCAAAAUGGUCCUUCAAUUCUCACACAGUUUUAAAAUACAGUGAGCUGGCGCCGAGGACUCCAACAUUUUCUGAAGAUAUUGGCAGCGUUGAGAUAGGUGAUGAAGAAGGUGUAAAGCCAUUGGUGGAGAGGUCCUUCUGGGCUAAAUAUUGGAUGUACCUGGUUCCUCUUGGACUCAUUGUCAUGAAUGCUGUCACCCAAGCCAUGAACAUGCCUGAGGAACAGGCAAGUGGUCAGGCUGGUGCCCAACCGCAGCAGGCAGUUGGAGCCGUACCUCGGGGACAGGGUGCAGCUGUACGUAGACGGUGAUGGAUUCAGCAAGUAAUGUAGGAUGUGUACUCGGUUGUUAGCACGCAUAUUGGUUGUGGUUUGUGUGGGCUGUAGAUCGAGUAUUUUUCUAAUAUGACAAUGAUGUAUCAGGACAACUCAUUUUUUUUUGUCAUAAAGAGAUCGAAAAUGCUGUUGUAGGGGACUAUUUGCCAGUUUAUGUUUUUUUUUUUUUGGCUUUAUAGAUUCAAACAACAUCUCAUCUGUAUUAAACUUAUUUGAAUUUCUUUUUGUACAAGAACAUUUGUAGAAAUGGAAUUUUGAAACUAGCUCUACUUAGAGCUGGUCUUAUCUA